GCAGGGACACGGCGCUUGCAGGAAGAGGGCUGUGAUCCACCUGGCUCCAGACCCCAUCCGAGGCAAGAUGAACCAUGUGCCCUGCAUACUGGCUGCUGUUGUCUUCUGCCUGGGAUUUCCAAGAAGCCUGGUGAAAGCGGCAUCAUGUCCCGGCCUUCAGAUAAAUGCCACAGAACUUUGCAAGAACAUUUCCAGUGAGGAUGAUGAAGGGUCCUCCAAUUUCACUCGCUUAGUCUGCGAUAAUCUACAAAACGUGUCGAGGUGGAACCGUUCCUCCCUCCACGGCGCCUUUGAGCUCCUGCUGAAGAGCAAGGAAGACCUCCAGCCCCAAGCUCUGAAGGUGUUUGUCAGCGAAGCAAACACCACAGAGCUGGAGGCAGCCUUGGACGGGUUUCUUGGCAAGGUUAAUGCCUCCCUCAUCCCAGCAAAGCAGAAGGGCAUUCUGCUGGAGGCUUUAUGGGAUGGGAAGCUGAGGAACGAAGAGCGUUUCAACGAGACAGAGUUUGUGGGGCCGUGGUUCCAGAAGAGGCUACGGCCCUUUUUAUCUGCCAUUUCUGCCGACAUCCUCCAGUGCCUUCACAACAAGACCAUGAGAUGUGCACAGUAUCAGGCAAUAGUUAAAGCCCUGGACCUAGAAUUUAAGGAGAUGAGCCACGCUACCCAAGAGGCUGUCUAUAGGAGCUUCCAGCUCUCUUUCCUGAAAGGGUUAAAAGCUGAAGGGUCUGCGUGUGUCGGUGGCCUCACCAACACCUCUGCCUGGCUCUCUGUCAACUUGAGGAGGUUCAGCCGAUACGCCGCGUACACAGACCUGCUCUCUCUGAAUGCUGCGUUCAGUGGGUUUGACGUGCUCCACAGCUUGACCGUGAAGCAGCUGGCACAGCUAACAGUCGCCAAUGGGACCGUGGAGGCAACUGAAGAUCUCCAGAGACUCCUGGCUUUUGUCACCAGCUCAACCAUUGCCGAAUAUAUUGAUGAAUUGAACAGACAAGUCAACCUGGCCAACAGCAGCCUGGAGACAGAGACCAAAGCCGUGCUGUUGCAACACAUCCUCGUGGCAGCGAGGCCGAUACUGCGGCCAGCAAACGACACAGAGUUCAUGCACUGGAUGAAUCCUCGCCUCGCCGGCUUGAUUGCAGGGCUGAACCGAACCCACGUCCCCCUGCUUUUCGAGGGUCUAGAAGCUAGGACCUGCACGGCCAUCAAGGCUGUGGUGACUGUGCUGAAUAACUCCAUCUCCGACUUCAGCAACCCCACGCAACACAGCAUUUACCAGGAGAUACGGGACCGGACAGCAAACUCUUCACUACAGUGCUACACCACAGACACCAGCUUUGCUGUGUAUUUGAGAGAGACAUUUCAGGGCUUUGGCACUUUCCUGAAUCUGAGAGAUCUCAGAUCCGUCAUUCCACUGUCUGGCAUCCAAAAGAUUGCAAACACGAUGGCUCCCGCCGCGUUGGCCGACCUGUUCUCCAGCCCUGCGUUCCUCAACGACAAUGCCUUCCUGACCACUCUUGUGAAGACCUAUGAAAGGAAAGGGGACUUUAUUGACCAGCUGAACAAGAAGAGUGUGGUGGAGACCCUCCCCGGUGACACCGGAGCAGCCAUUCUGGCAGGCGUGUGGCCUGCGGUGGUAAGGAGUGACCGUGAGACGGAGGUGGAUGCCUGGCUCAGCACACGCCUGCUGCCGUACUUCAGCUUUGUCCGAAGUCCCCUGCUGAGCUCCAGCGACACCUUGCAAGCCACGUGCACGGCCUUCCGCAAGAUCGUGGACAAACUGAGUCAUAACAGCACUGCUUUGAAGGUCAGCGAGCGAGAUGUGUAUCAUGCCAUCCAGGCCUAUCUCACCGCGAUUCCUGCCAGGCCCAGGUGCUACAAUGCCAGCAACCCCAAGACAGCAAACUGGUUUGCUGCUUACCUUGGGCGUUACAUCCGCUACAGCAGCGCAGAAGAUGUGCUAUCAUUCACAAAUAAUGACAACACCGUGCUCCAGGAUCUUGCCAUAAACAGAGACAAUCUGAGACUCAUCAACCACACGCAAAUCCCAAGGGACACAGCAGAGCUGUACGCUACCUCGCUGUUUGCCAAGAACGCAAACUUCAGUCUCAUCGACCUGCCUGGCCCGCUGCUCUGCUUUGCAAGACAUUCGACUGCCAUCCAGUGGCUCAGCUCCGCUGACGCACUCAGUGUCAUUGCCAGGAUAAACCUCCACUGCGGUCCCUCAAACACCUCCGCGCCCACAGAGCCCACCCUGUCCGACCACCAGCUUGCAACCAUGCUGGUUGCACAAGUUACUUCCUUCAAUGCCAACACCUUGAUUGCACUAGGACAGCAAGCCUUGGGCUUGACCUUUGGGCAGAUUUCGAAGCUGAGAGCAGAGGACGUAGCAGAGCCUGCGACUUUGCAGGCACUUGGUCAAGUCCACGGCUGGAACCGGGGACAGGCCCAGGGGCUGGCGAACAAAGUGAUCAGCAGUAACUUCACGUUGGGCACGGCAGAGGCGUUUCACAAACUUGGAACAUUGCUGCCAGGCCUCCCCAGUCAUGUCUUCAGGAACAUCUCCGCAGACAUUGCCAAGGAGAUGGCUAAAAAUGAAGGCUUCCUGAGGGCCAUCAGAAAGGCCCCUCGCUACCUGAAGAGAGCUUUUGUGGACAGGAUCAUCUCCAGAUCCUCCUCUCUGAAUGACAUUUUACAUGAUGUGCCUGAUGCUCUGGUGGACCAAGUCCCCAUCUCGUUGCUGGUACUGCAAGAUGGGCACCUAGAUCUUCACCAAAUCCAACAGAAGCAGUGGUCCGCAGAGCAGGCGGCGGUGUUUUUUGAGCGUGUGCUGUCUGCCACGGAGAAUCACACGGACCUCUCAGCCUCGGUCCUGCAUGGUUUCCAGUGCAGGCCAGCCAGCAAACUCUCAGCUGCCCGGGUCUUCUCGAUGGCUGAACAGAUGGCAAAGAACAACGUGGUCCUGACCCACCACCAGUUGUCUUGCCUAGCCAAAAUACUGGCUGCACACAACCUGACGGCCAACUUCACCCACUACCCGCGAGACCUGCUGCUUUUCUUUAACUUCACUGAAGUGCACAACGACACCUGCAAAGUCUUUUACAGCCUGGCUUCCCAAGGAAACCUCAACCUGCUGCCACGUGGAUCUGCCCAAAGGACCCAGCUCCUGACCAAUGCCCUAGCCUGCCUGGAAGUAGAGAACACCACCCUCAACAAGGAGCAGCUCGGCAGGCUGGGUGCUUUGGUGUGCGACAUGGACGCCGCAGCCAUCGCAGACUCCCACCCUCGAAUCGUGGAGAAUUUAAAGCUCUGUGCAGCUCUGACAGAAGCCCAACAGACUGCCCUCAACGUCCUCCUCGGCAGCGGGGAGAGCCAGUACGGGGAUCCUUCGUCCUGGGAUUUAGCAAGUUUGCAGAAACUUGGGCCACUUGCUGUGUAUGUGAACCAGACCACGUGGAGCUCAGUGAACGUGGACGUGAGAAGGGCCUUCUUCAAGAGCGUGGUCGCUGGGUACCAAAGCCAAAGUGCGUCUCAGAAAAAAAAAGCCGUGCUCCUCUUGAAAUCUCUUGGAGUUAUGUCGUCUUCAUCUCGCAGACCUAAACGUGCCCCGCAAGCAUGCAUGUCUGAAGCCAUCACUGCCGAAACCAUCCUUGACCCCCUGUUCCUGCUGUCUUACACCUCUACCGAGCAGUUUGAUGCGUGCUUGAGUAACGAGGUUUUGAAAGACAACCUGGUCCCUUUGCUGGAGCAGCCCCUCACCGAGGAGCAGCUCGAUGUCCUAAAGCGGAAAUUUGGCGAGAUUUACCCCGAUGGGAUCCCGGAGGACCAGCUAAAACUCUUCGGCUUGUUAUCACGCCGCUACACCGCGAGCGAGAUCAGCAAGUGGACAGUGACGUCCAGUGAAACCCUCAUGGCCCUGCUGGACCCAGAGGCCGGGAGCUGGGGGGUAGCCGAGGUCAAACAACUGGUCGCCAGAUACAUGGACCUGGGUGGCAACUUAACGGGACCCUUGCUCCAGCAUACCGAGGGCGAAGUGCUGUGCAACCUGUCUGAUGAGCAGAUUAAAACAAUAAGCCCAGAAGCAAUUAGGAGUGCUGGAAAAUUAGACAUUUCUUCCUGUUCACAAGCCAAGAAAGACCAGCUCUAUGCCAAAGCCCGUGAUGCAUUUGCUAGCCAGAAAGGAACCAGUGCUUAUUAUCCUUUAAUCCAACCCUAUCUAGGUGGGGCUCCAGUGAAGGACCUGGAAGACCUGGCCAAAUCUGACGUUGCCAUGGAUAUCAACACAUUUACUGCCUUAAAUCCUGAUGAGCUGCAGAAACUCAGCGUCCAGGACGUGAAGAAUUUGCUGGGUGUAAACCUUCCCUCGCUAAAGCAAGCUGAAAAUCAUCCAGCCGUGGCCAACUGGACCAAGACUCAGUACCAGUCAGAACUGGACAGGAUCCUGGGAAUCGGUCUGCAGGGCGGGAUGCCAGAUCCAAUCUCAACAGCAACGAGCAUCACUAGUAUUGUAAUCCCUAAUGACACCACUACCCCCCCAGCUACCUCCUCCAAUACCACCCCCCCAGCCGCUACCACCCCCAGCACCAGUGUCUCAAGAGCAGUCAUCAACCCCACGGCCUUUAUCCAUAAUGCCACCACCCCCCCACCUGCUAUCAACCAAACUCUUACCGCCCCCAGCACCACCCCAGCUACUACCACCAUCCCCGACACCAACACCACAACUGCCAUGAUCAACCAAACUGCCAACACCCCCAAGACAACCACACCAGCUGCUGUUAUCAACCAAACAGCCAACACCCCCACGCCAACAGCUAUUAUGCACCACGCCAUCAACACCACCACCCCACCUGCUAUUACCGACCCAACUGCCAACACCCGCGACCCCACCACGACUGCUAUUAUUGGCCACGCUACCAACAUCACCACUCCAAAUCGGGUCAUCAGUGAAACGGUCACUGCCUCUAACACCACCUCUGUUACCGCAACUGCUGUGAACACCCCCAACGCCACCACCCCAAGUGCCGUUGCCUCUAAUGUCACCACCUUGACCCCCGACACCACCACUCCUGGUCCCCAUAUUGCUAACAUCACUUCUAACACUACCACCGCAGCUCCUGUUGAUACUACUGCCAUCACCCACAACACAUCUACCCAUCACCCGUCACCCAUCAUGCCCACUUCCCCCACAGCCACCUCAAAUGCCACCGCUCCACCUCCCAUUAUCUUCACAUUCACUACUAGCACUACACCGUUGACUGUCAAGCCAACCAUUACCUCAACAGUGGCCAGUCCCACCACCCCUAGAAACACUGCCCACCCCCCAACAACUGCCACGACAUCUGCCACAACCACAGUCACCACCCCAAGGCCCAAUAAGACAACAUCAACCAAGACAACGCAGCCAACAAAACCAACACCCGUGGGAUUCAUCAAUCUUAAACCAGUAACCACAUCAGGAGCGAACCUGUCUUUCAGUCAGCUGCACAUGCUGUCCCUGACCAUUGGGAUCUUCUUGCUGAGAAGAUUUCUCUAAUGCCACCAGCACAAACAUGGCCUUUAUGGUAUUCCUCCUUUCAUUUUUCACUGGCCCCCCCAAAGAGCUGAGAUGCAGGCAUCGUAUUCCCUCCCAGGUGGCAGAGACCCCACUUUGCAGCACACGUGGGAGCUACAUGAAGCCGCCAGGACCACGUUCCCCAGAGGCAGUGCAAUGAUCCUGGUGAGACAAUUAGAUAUUAAGAUGUCACUACUGGUGCUCAGACUUUUAGAAUAAGUUUCUCAUACAAAGGACAGAGCUGUACACAAGGACCUGGAGCGGCAGCUGCAAACUACUCCGGAUGCACAUACUUCAGGGGUAUUCUCCCCGUCCCUCCGUUGGAUUCAAACAGCUUUCUCUCAGCAGCAGGCCUGAACUAAAUCCUCCCUAAGGAGCAGCAUCUGCCCGUGCAUCCAUUCAGUGCAGCAAAAUACAGAUGAUCCAUGGGGUUAGGCGCCUCCAUACCUACUAUGAUGAGGGCGUGCAAACCAACGGGGCCUCCAAACAGCUGUGGAGACCCACCAAGGUGCCCCUGAUGACCAAAAAAGUAGUACAAUUGGCAGGCGAAGCUGUUGAAAUGGCUGCAUGACUGAGGUCUAAUGCCCCCAUUACAACCAACAGGAUACCUUCACUUUCUAGAGUCUUUUAUUGCCUGGAGACCAGUGCCAUGCUACAGAUAAUGGACCCUUAUUCACAAUGCAGAUUCAGUUCCAACAUACUUUCAGACUGUGAGACCUGAAAACACCCGGCACCUCUAUAUGAUCAACAAAUGAUGACGAGCCAUUAGUAGUACCAUCGUUUGAUUUGGCGGUGACAGUAGACCCAAUUCUGCCCCGCACAGGCCCAUCGAGUAGUACCGUACUCGUUACCAGCCCCAGGGGAUUCAUCUCCGCUGAAUUUGGUUUCACUGCCAGGGUUUAAAGGUAUCGAUCACUGUUGGAGGAUUAGUUUGGUCCGCUCUUCUUGAGUCAUGUAGCGUAGCUGGCAGUAGGUUCCUCUAGAAAUCUGGUCGCUGCCUUCACCCUGCUUUACUUUGGAUGUAGGAGAGGUCUCUAGAUUGGGAUUUGUUCCAGCCAUGCCAAAGCCAUUUACGGAAAACAGGGUAUGUGGGUUAUCACGUUAAAGCUACAUAACGAACAAAGUAUUUUUAUUUUCCCCAGAUGUUCCUGGGCGCAUAUAGUUCUGUCUUUCUGUCUGUUUGAAUAAAAUACAACAGUUCCUCUCC